AUGGCACCUCAUGCAAUCCGCAUUCGCAGCUCGACCGCCGGCGACACAUCUUCGGAUCAGCCCAUCAGUGGAGGUGCAAUCGCUGGAAUAAUCUUCGCGGUUCUUGUAGUGUUCGGCUUUCUUGCUUGGUUCGUUCGACACGAGCUUCUUGUCAAAUCACGCCCGAAGGAAAAGCUAAUGAGGCAAAAGAAAAGGGAAGAAAAGGCUGAGCAACAAGCCAUGGCAGCUCUUAUGAAUUUGGGUUCUAUUGAAUUUGCACCCAUGCUGCCAUGUCUCAAUCAGCCAUGGACAUAG